AUCCAGUUCGGCUUCCCAAAGUGCUGGGAUUACAGGCAUGAGCCACCACACUUGGCCCACAAGUUUCAUUUUGAAGUAGUCUAGGGGCCUUGGUCCUGAAAGCGGUCAGGACUAUAAAUCAAAUAGUGAUGGUUUUAAAUGGGAGGGAAUGAAGUCUGCAAAAUUUCCCCAGAUUAUUUUGAAGAUCUCUUCUCCCCACCCCUCCUAACCUACUUUCUAUAGCCUGGUCUAGGAGCAGGAAAUCUGGAAGAAGAUUCUUGGGGGAGGGCUCCAGAACUCAGCUUCCCGGUUAAUGGCUGAUGGAAUUUACACAAGAUCUGGGCAAAGGUGAAAGGGCGGUGCCCAGCCCCAAAUUCCUUAUAUCUUUGCUCCGCUUCAUUGACACCCCCACCUUCUCCCCACCCCAGACUUCACCCAAACUCUGACCUCUUACUCUGUCUACUUAACUCUGGCCCCGGGCAGCCAAGACAAAGCAAAAGGCAGGGCAGCAUGAGCCGAUCACCUCUCAAUCCCAACCAACUCCGAUCAGUGGGCUCACAGGAUGCCCUGGCUUCCCUGCCUCCACCUACUCCCCAGAAUCCCUCCACCCACUCUUGGGAUCCUCUGUGUGGAUCUCUGCCCUGGGGCCUCAGCUGCCUUCUGGCUCUGCAGCAUGUCUUGGUCGUGGCUUCUCUGCUCUGUGUCUCCCACCUGCUCCUGCUUUACAGUCUCCCCCCAGGAAGACUCUCGUACUCCCCUUCCCAGCUCCUGGCCUCCAGCUUCUUUUCAUGUGGUGUGUCUACCAUCCUGCAAACUUGGGUGGGCAGCAGGCUGCCUCUUGUCCAGGCUCCAUCCUUAGAGUUCCUUAUCCCUGCUUUGUUGCUGACCAGCCAGAAGCUACCUCUGGCCAUCCAGACACCUGGAAACUCCUCCCGCAUGCAUCUGUGUAGGAGACCUAGCUGCCUUGACUUGGGGCACUGGAACACUUCUAUCCAGGAGGUAUCCGGAGCAGUGGUGGUAUCUGGGCUGUUGCAGGGCACGCUGGGGCUGCUGGGGAGUCCUGGCCGCGUGUUCCUCCACUGUGGGCCCCUGGUACUGGCCCCCAGCUUGGUUGUGGCAGGGCUCUCUGCCCACAGGGAGGUGGCCCAGUUCUGCUCCGCUCACUGGGGAUUGGCCUUGCUGGUCAUCCUGCUCAUGGUGGUCUGUUCUCAGCACCUGGGCUCCUGCCAGUUUCAUGUGUGCCCCUGGAGGCGAGCUUCAACCUCAUCAACUCACACUCCUCUCCCUGCCUUCCGGCUCCUCUCGGUGCUGAUCCCAGUGGCCUGUGUGUGGAUCAUCUCUGCCUUUGUGGGGUUCAGCGUUAUCCCCCAGGAACUGUCUGACCCCACCAAGGCACCGUGGAUUUGGCUGCCUCACCCAGGUGGGGUGCUGGGGGUGACCCAGGCUGUGGUUUUGUCUGCUGGAUUCUCCAGCUUCUACCUGGCUGACAUAGACUCUGGGCGAAAUAUCUUCAUUGUGGGCUUCUCCAUCUUCAUGGCCCUGCUGCUCCCAAGAUGGUUUCGGGACGCCCCGAUCCUGUUCAGCACAGGCUGGAGCCCCUUGGAUGUAUUACUGCAUUCACUGCUGACGCAGCCCAUCUUCCUGGCUGGACUCUCGGGCUUCCUACUAGAGAACACGAUUCCUGGCACACAGCUUGAGCGAGGCCUAAGUCAAGGGAUACCAUCUUCUUUCACUGCCCAAGAGGCUCGAAUGCCUCAGAAGUCCAGGGAGAAGGCUGCUCAAGUGUACGGACUUCCUUUCCACAUCCAAAACCUGUGUCUCUGCAUCCCCCAGCCUCUCCACUGCCUCUGCCCACUGCCUGAAGACCCUGGGGAUGAGGAAGGAGGCUCCUCCGAGCCAGAAGAGAUGGCAGACUUGCUGCCUGGCUUAGGGGAGCCAUGCCCUGAAUCUAGCAGAGAAGGAUUCAGGUCCCAGAAAUGACCAGCACUCCUACUUCUGCCCUGGGUAGUUUAGCCCUAACUCAUCUGCUGGAGAGUCAGCUCCAAGCUGUUCUUUCUCAUAGGCAAAGGGUAUAUGUGUUUGUAUUACAUGGGCCCACCUAGAGAUUCCAUUUCCCAAUAGGAUGGGUUGCCUUUACUUGUCUUAAUUAGGCCUAACUGUUCCAGAACAAAGGCCAUGAUUUAGUGGACCAUAAAUGAAUGAGAUUUUUGCCUGUGUACUAUCAAUGCCACUUGAACCCCAGCAUUCACUUGAAUACUUAUUGAGCAUCUUCCAUGUGCAAGGUCCUGGAGCUAGAUAUAGAUAAGACAGGGUCCAUGCCCUCUUAAGGCAUUCACGGGUUAAAAAGACCUGUGUAAUUAUGAAAAUGCAAAGCAGAAAGCAGUCUGUAAUAGAUUAAAAUAAUGCUGUGGGAGCAAAGAGGAAA